AUGGCGGAAGAGCAGAGUUUCAAGUACGUGAUCGUCGGAGGCGGUGUCGCCGCCGGAUACACGGCGAGAGAGUUCACAAAGCAAGGUCUCAAACCUGGUGAACUUGCUAUCAUUUCCAGGGAAGAUGUGGCUCCAUAUGAACGUCCUGCACUUAGCAAGGGAUAUAUCAACCUCGAGAAUAAAGCUUCACUUCCAGGAUUCUAUGUCUGUGCUGGAAGUGGGGGAGAGAAACAGCUCCCUCAAUGGUACCAAGAGCAAGGGAUUGAGAUGAUUCUCAACACAGAGAUCGUCAAAGCAGAUCUUGCUGCAAAGACUCUUGUCACUGCCACUGGACAAGUCUUCAAGUACCAAACUUUGAUAGCUGCAACUGGUUCUUCUGUCACAAGAUUGUCAGAUUUUGGCGUGGAGGGAGCAGAUGCUAAGAAUAUAUUCUACUUAAGAGAAAUGGGUGAUGCUGAUGAGCUCGUGAAUGCGAUGAGCGUGAAGAGAAACGGGAAAGCUGUGGUUGUUGGUGGCGGUUACAUCGGUCUUGAACUCAGCUCUGCUCUCAAGGUCAACGGCCUCGAAGUUACCAUGGUUUAUCCAGAACCUUGGUGCAUGCCUCGGCUUUUCACCGCUGGGAUUGCUUCGUUCUACGAAGGCUAUUACGCCAACAAAGGAAUCAACAUCGUCAAAGGCACCGUUGCAGCUGGUUUCAGCACCAACUCUAAUGGAGAGGUCAGUGAGGUGAAACUGAAGGAUGGAAGAACAUUAGAAGCUGAUAUAGUGAUUGUAGGCGUUGGUGCGAGACCUAUUAUAUCACUCUUCAAAGGUCAAGUGGAAGAAGAGAAGGGUGGUUUGAAGACGGAUGCAUUCUUCAAAACAAGCGUUCCAGAUGUAUACGCCAUUGGUGAUAUAGCCACCUUCCCGAUGAAGCUGUACAACGAAAUGAGACGCGUUGAACACGUUGAUCAUGCUCGUAAAUCCGCUGAACACGCCGUUAAGGCGAUCAAGGCGGCUGAGGAAGGGAAUUCGAUUCCGGAAUAUGACUAUCUUCCGUACUUUUACUCUCGAGCCUUUGAUCUGUCGUGGCAAUUCUACGGUGACAAUGUUGGAGAAAGCGUAUUGUUUGGGGACAAUGACCCGAAAUCGCCUAAGCCGAAAUUCGGGAGCUACUGGAUUAAAGAUGGGAAAUUGAUUGGAGUGUUUCUAGAAGGUGGGACUCCUGAAGAGAACAAUGCAAUUGCUAAGGUUGCACGAACACAGCCUUCCGUUGAGAGCGUUCACGUCUUGUCCAAGGAAGGCCUUUCUUUCGUAAACAAGAUAUGA